AUGACUGCACUGAUAGCUGCAAAUGCACACUACACAGUUCCCUCAGCAUUAUACAUUACAUCACAGGAAACCUUGAACUAUAAAUGGUCAUUUAGCAUACAGCCAGAUUUUGAAAAUGUUGCAAAAGGCAACAGUAAGACUCUCAAGUGCCAAGUCUAUAAUUUACCUGAUCAAACUAAAAUUACAAAUGUAUCAUGGUUUUUAAAUCACCAUGGUAGUUAUCAAAUUUCUCAACUAUCACUGGACCCCCGAAAAUAUUCAAGCGGAUCUAAUGAUAAUCCAUCGCUGACUAUAAAGAACUUUCAACCUGAUGAUGAAGGAACGUACAGAUGUGAAAUAGAAACUGAUGUUGGACUAAAGAAAAGUGGAUCUACAUACUUGGCUUUUACUGAGAAACCUGUCCCAGUGACAAGUCCCAUAAAUAAGGAAUGUAGGAAAAAUAGUACUCAAACCGUCAGGUGUAACGUUAGAGGGAAUCAACCCAAAGACGUCCAAUGGGUAAAAGUAUCCAAAGGAACGGCAAAACAAGUUUCAUUGUGCUGUGAAAAGUAUCAAGGGGGUACAGUAGAAAAGCCAUCUCUCAGCAUCAGAAACUUUACAAGAGAGGAUGAAGGGACAUAUCUUUGCAGUGCUGUAAACGAUGCUGGUAUUUGGUCGAGUAAUGGAACAUUUCUUACAUAUAUAUUAGAUGCAUCUGAUCACCAGAAUCUAGAAGAUAACUUCCAUCGACUGGUCAAAUUUGUUGUACAUAUAGCUGGAGAUGUCACAAAGAAGUAUUUUGACUCAUUCAUUUUGAAAGCUGACACAUUUGAAAAAUAUUUAGAGAAACAUAUACAUAACAUCUUACAUUUACAUGAACCGCAUCCAUGUUGCCAAUGCUCAUCUAGAUGCUGUAAAUGUGCAAAAGCUUGCUUAUGUAAAUGUGAAUGUAAAUUUAUUUUAACACAGGAUCAAAUUUCUGUUUUAUUUGAUCAUGAUAGAACUUUAUUAAAUCGGAGACACACAAAAGGAACUGCUAAAAUGUAUGGAAAAUGA